AUGAGGCGACUACCGCUGCUGCUUUUGGGGCUGCUUCUCCUCCACCAGAGCCACUGCUUUGAGUUUGUCAUCGAUGGAGAAUGGGAGGGAGAGCCGUCAGGUCUGCAGGAUCAUCAGGAAAGGAACAGGAGAGCGAUAUUGACCAGUGAGGAGCAGGAAGACUUUGAGGCUAUCCGGGGAGAGGACAUUACUGUUAAGAGCUACAAGGUCGAGAGUCGCAUCACCUCACGCUUUGCCCACACCACUGUCAGGAGCUCGGUGGUCAACUCUGGCUCCAAAGCCCAGAGCAUCGGCUUCAAUGUCCAGAUCCCCAAACGAGCAUUCAUCACCAACUUCACCAUGAACGUGAAUGGGAUAACAUUUGUUGGCUCGGUGAAAGAGAAAACCGUUGCCAGAAAUCUGUAUGCCCAGGCCAGGGCCAGAGGCAAGGCAGCAGGCAUUGUCAGGGCUAAUUCCCAGGACAUGGAGACCUUUAAGACAGAAGUCCACGUUCCCCCUGGCAGUAACAUUGAGUUUGAGCUCCACUACCAGGAAAUGAUGCACAGGAAACUGAGUUCCUAUGAGCACACACUGCACCUGCAGCCUGGAAGACUGGUGCCACAGUUCCAGGUGGAUGUAUACAUCUAUGAGCCAAAGGGCAUUUCCAUGGUAGAAACACCAAACACCCUUGGGGAUCAGUUCAAUGAACUGAUCAAAAAGACUUUCACCAAAGAUAAGGCUCAUAUCGUCUUUAAGCCCACUGUACAGCAGCAAAAGAAGUGUGACAACUGCACUACCAGUGCUAUAGAUGGCAUCUUCACUGUUAAAUACGAUGUAGAGAGAGACAGCAACGCUGGGGAGCUACAGGUGUCUGAUGGCCACUUCGUCCAUUUCUUUGCACCAUCCAACCUCACACCCCUUCCCAAAAACAUUGUAUUUGUCAUCGAUGUCAGUGGUUCGAUGUGGGGAGUCAAGAUGAAGCAGACUGUGGAGGCUAUGCAGGCUAUUUUAGAUGACCUGACAAUAGACGACCACUUCAGCAUCAUCGAUUUUAACCAUAAUGUGCGCUGCUGGAGUGAAGAGCUAGUUCCUGGCUCCUCCAUCCAAAUCGGAGAGGCCAAAAAAUACAUCCAGAACAUCAAACCAAAUGGAGGAACUAACAUCAAUGAGGCACUGAUGAGGGCAGUGCAGAUGCUGCUGAAGGCAUCCAAUCAAGGGAUGAUCGACCCUCGCUCUGUCUCCAUGAUCAUUCUGGUGUCUGAUGGAGAUCCUACUGUUGGAGAGAUUAAGCUCAGCACCAUCCAGAAAAAUGUGAAGCGGGUGAUGAGGGAGGAGUUUUCGCUCUUCUCACUGGGCAUCGGCUUUGACGUAGACUAUGACUUCCUGGAACGUAUCGCCAUGGAGAACAGAGGCGUGGCCCAGAGGAUCUACGCCAAUCAUGAUGCUGCAGAACAGUUACGGACGUUUUACAGCCAGGUUUCCUCCCCUCUGCUGAGGAGGAUCAAUAUUCAGUUCCCUGAUGACAUGGUGUCAGACGUCACCCAGAACCGCUUCGACAAAUUUUUCGGCGGUUCUGAGCUGGUGGUGGCUGGCAAGGUGCUGCCGUCUGACAGCAACAUCCUGAGCAGCAUUACUACAGCGUCUGCUGCUCGUCUGGAUCUCUCCCUGGAGACGGAAGCCGACACCAUGGAUUUGGACACAGAGCUGGCCAAGCAGCAGCACUCCUUCACGGGCUUCGCCAGACAGAUGUGGGCCUACAUCACUGUCAACCAGCUGUUAGCAGAGAGGUCUGUGGCUCCGACAGCUGCCAAAAAGAGGAAGAUCACCCAGAGGAUCCUGUCUCUGGCCGUGGAGCACCAGUUUGUUACUCCUUUCACCGCUCUGCUGGUGGAGAGUGACGACGCCAGUGAGAGGCUGCUGGCCGACUCCCCGAAGGACCCCAGACGAGGCUGCUGCUCAGGAACAGGAGCAUCGGCGUCUCUUAUGAAGCCUGUGGUGCCAGUCGUCUACCAGGCUCCACCCUGGGUCCAGAUUACCACUCCUGCUACCCCCAGACAGGCUACGGGGGCCCUGCCUGAGCACAUCACUAUAGUGGAGAACGACCCUCACUUCAUCGUCCACCUGCCCAGGAACCAGAUGGACGUCUGCUUCAACAUCGACUCCCAGCCUGGGCACAUUCUCAACCUGGUGUCCGACCGUGGAACAGGCGUGGUGGUGAACGGCGAGCUGGUUGCCUCCAAGCGGGCGCAGAGGAACAAACUCAACACCUACUUUGGCACCAUCUCAGUCUACUACCAGCCGGACGGCAUCGGCGUCACCGUCACCACCAACAGCAUCGGCUUGAUGGACGGCCACAACAACCAUUCCUUCACUUGGACCGCCACGGCUGACAUCACACAGGACGGGGUGAAAAUUUCCAUUGUGAAGAACUCCCACGUUAUGAUCACUAUAAAUGAUAAUAUCCAGGUGAUGGUGCUGCUUCACCGUGUGUGGAAAAAACAUCCUGUCAACGUGGACUUCCUCGGCAUCUACGUCCCCAGCGACAACAGCUACUCCUCUUUGGCCCACGGGCUCAUAGGCCAGUUUUCCACGGAGCCUGACGUGAACGUGUACGACAUCCACGAAGGAGCCGACCCCCUGAAGAAGGAGGCCACCAUGGAGGUGAAAGGCAACAGGCUGGUUGUCACGAGGGGCUGGCAAAAGGACUACAGACGCGAUAAGAAGCGCGGCUCCGACGUCUACUGCUGGUUCAUACACAACAGUGGGAAAGGCUUCAUCGACGGCCACUACACCGACUACAUCGUCCCGCAUCUCAACAGCUUCCUCCCAGAACUCUAGACCACGGCGAGGCUCGCACGACCCAGGAAGUGGGAUUGGUAGAAGCAAAACACAAAUUAACCGGUGCCAUGUGCUGCUAUUAGUUUCUGGGUCAGUAAAGCCUUAAUGAAAUAUUGUAAGGGGUGAGUUAUGAAAAAAACAAAAAAACAA